GCACCCAAACCCCCCAGCACGAACGUGCCGCCACGUUUGGGGCCUGUCCCCAAUGUUUUCGCAGCCUGGCCUUCCUGGCACCGUUUUUCGCAGCUGGUUCCGCGAUCGCCUCCGUGCACACUGCACCAACUGGAAAAAAACGCCAGGUUAGACAAAAAAAAAAGCCUGGCUUGUUUCCGUAGAUCACACCAACUACACCCGCAAACACGAAAGCAUGUUUUCCAGAGCUAUCAGGCACACGGCGAGCAUUUCCAAGAACCAGCACGUGGCCGCGGUGCGCAUGUUGCACGAAGUGCCCGUGUUGAAGAACCACGAGACAUUCGCCAAGAACGGCAUCCAAGGUUUAUACUCGGCAGAAGGAUAUGCCACCGCAUGGUCAGAUUACCAGAAAUUGCUCACGACAAGCCUCACAUUGAAUACUGUGGGAACCAGGCACGAGGGCCGCUCCGCGUUCCAGUUGUUGUUGCUGACGGCAAAGAGAACCACGGACCAGCACAUUUUCCACUAUGCGUCGCAGGCCCACAACAACCACAUGUUCUUCGAGCAGCUCGCGGACAAGGAGCACGCGGCUUCCACAAGACCGUCCCGGUUUUUGCUCGAGAGAAUCGCCGGGGGCUCGUCCUUGGACUCGCUCAAAACAGAAAUCAUCCGCUUGGCCGAGUCGGCGGAGGGCCAGGGCUGGGUCUUCUUGGUGGAGGACCCCGACAAGUCGUUCAGACUCUUGAAGUGCAACAACGACGGCACGCCAUACUACCACGGCAAGAACCAGAGCCUCGACUUGAACGCCAACAUCGACCCGCAAAGUUUCGAGGAAUUGACGCAGAUAAAGCAGAAGGGCGACAACGCCGAAUUGGACUUCACGCUCCCCGUGUUGGCCAUCAACUUCUGGGACGUGGCGUUCGUCACCGACUACGGAAUCACCGGCAAGCGCGAGUACUUGGAGAGGGUGCUUGACCACAUCAACUGGGACGUCAUCAACAAGAGAAUGUUCCAGGUGUAAAUAAUGUAUAUAGCCCCGGGCGCAGCCCAGU